AUCUGCAUAAAUGGCAAAGCGGUACGUCCGUGAUUCGAGAUGCACCGGAGCCUGUCCUUCCUAACGCAUGUGAGACUUCUAACAGCGGGGAAGAGCAGAAAGCCUCUCUUCUGGUCUUCGCUUUCAAGCUCUUCGCUGCAAAUUUCAUUUUCCGGGUUCUGAGCUUCUGGAACCCGAGGAUUGGGCUAGAUUUGGGGUUAGGGUUUUGGGUUUUUGGUGGGAAGAAGAUAUUGGAUUGAGGGAUUGAAGAUGGGUGACAAUCUGAUGGAGAAGGUUAGUGCUUUUGGCGAGCGGCUGAAGAUCGGCGGUGCUGAGGUGGGCCGGAAGAUGACAGCUGGCAUGAGCUCGAUGAGCUUGAAGAUGAAGGAGCUCAUCCAGGGCCAGAACCAAGCUGAGAAGGUUGUCGAAGAGGCGACGGCAGAGACGAUGGAGGAGCCUGAUUGGUCCACCAACCUCGAGAUAUGCGAUAUGAUCAACAGCGAGAAAAUCAGCAGUGUUGACUUGAUACGUGGGAUCAAGAAGCGGAUCAUGCUGAAGAACGCCAGGGUUCAGUACCUGGCGCUGGUGUUGCUUGAGACCUGCGUGAAGAACUGUGAGAAGGCAUUCUCUGAGGUGGCUGCUGAGCGGGUCCUUGACGAGAUGGUGAAGCUGAUCGAUGACCCUCAGACCAUUGUGAACAAUCGGAACAAGGCUCUCAUUCUGAUCGAAGCGUGGGGAGAGUCGGCCAGCGAACUCCGGUAUCUGCCCGUUUAUGAAGAGACAUACAAGAGUUUGAAAUCCAGAGGAAUACGUUUCCCUGGUCGUGACAACGAGAGCUUGGCCCCGAUAUUCACCCCACCGCGUUCCGUUUCUGAUUUAGAGUCAGAUACGAAUCCAACACAGCAGCAGGCUCCCCAUGAUAUCCCUGUCCAUAGCUUCUCACCAGAGCAAACCAAGGAAGCAUUUGAUGUGGCUCGGAACAGCAUUGAACUUCUUUCAACAGUUUUGUCAUCCUCUCCUCAGCAAGAUGCCCUGCAGGAUGACCUGACGACGACACUUGUCCAGCAGUGCCGUCAAUCCCAGUUCACUGUCCUGAGAAUCAUCGAGACGGCCGGUGACAAUGAGGCCUUGCUUUUUGAGGCCUUGAACGUGAAUGACGAAAUCCAGAAGGUCCUUACCAAGUACGAGGAGCUGAAGAAGCCGCAUGUCGCCGCGCCCGAACCAGAACCUGCAAUGAUACCCGUUGCUGUCGAGCCUGAAGAAUCUCCACGGUCUGGGAAGGAGGAUGCGCUCAUCAGGAAACCGUCCGGCUUGCGAACGCGUGCAGGGGAGGAUGAGGACAUCAUGGAUGACCUCGACGAGAUGAUCUUUGGCAAGAAAGGCGGGCCAUCCCAAGGGCAUCAGGAGCCAAAGAAACAGCAACAGAAGGAUGAUCUUAUCUCCUUUUGAGGUUUUUACACAAUACCCAUGUUUUAGUUUGAGGUCUUUGAUGUUUAUACUAGGCUUUUUGUUGUGGUGGUGGAGACUUUCUUUCAAUCAUAUAUGCUUGGAUGGAAACUAUGAUAAAUUCACAGAUUGAAUAUGAGAGUUGGGAUUUGGGGGGGUUUUUAUUUUUCAA